AUGACGGAUAAUACUGGUAAAGAGAAUGUGGAAAAUUUCUUGUCAAAAUUCCGUGAUCCUCAGACACACCGUUUUCAUUCAGUCACUGCACUAGACUUCCUUAAGUGUUGGCAGCAUUAUGAUAAAGAUGGGAACGGAUAUUUGGAAGGCAUGGAAUUGGAUGGAUUCCUGCGUGAAUUCAUUACUAGUGUCGUACCUGGUGAAAUCGGAAGUGAAAUUGUCUCUGAAACAGCAAUGCAACAGCUAAUGACUGAAGUUAUGGAUGCAUAUGAUGAAAAUGGAGAUGGACGUAUUGAUAUAACUGAAUUGUGUCAAAUAUUACCUACUGAGGAAACAUUUCUAGCCCUAUUUCAAAUAGACACUCCUUUAUCCUCGAGUGUGGAGUUUAUGCGUGUUUGGAAGCAAUUUGAUACAGAUUUAAGUGGGUCAAUUGAUGCGAAUGAAUUAAAGCAAUUCUUGAAACACUUAACAACUAAUUCAAAAGUUGAAUUAUCCGAUGAGAAGUUGAAUGAGUAUACACAGACACUCAUCAAUCUUUUUGAUCGUGAUGGAGACGGUAAGUUACAGUUGAGUGAAAUGGCAAGAUUAUUACGUGUUAAGGAGAAUUAUCUAAUAAAACCAUUAUUUAAAAAUGACAGAGGCUUAGAUGAAAGGACGAUCGAUAGAAUAUUCCGUAAAUAUGAUACAGAUGGAAAUGGUGUACUGGAAAACGAAGAACUGAUGGGGUUUUUAAAAGAUUUACUAGAAGCGAAUGGUGAAGAAGUGAACGAAGAAGGCUUACGUGUCAUGAAAGAGGCUAUUUUGAAACAAUGGGAUGUUAAUAAAGAUGGCAAGAUUGGUAGACAAGAAAUUAAUGACCUCAUCAUGCAAACUCUUCAUUUACUACAAGAAAAAGAGCACAUGAAAAAAUUCAGUGAUCCAUAA